AUGAGUCACUCAGUCCAUGUCACCAGAUCAUCCGAGUUGGACGCAGCUACCGGAGGCCAGACGGCCGGAAUGGUCCGUAAAGGCGCAAUCAUCGGCAAGUCCGACAAGAUUUGUUCCUUGGUGAUGUGCGCUGAGCCCCAUACCUCGUCGGCGGUUCACCACCACGGCGACCAGGAUACCAUUGUUUAUGCUGCCAAAGGCCACGGAUCCAUCAUCUUUGAUGGUGGGAGGGAGCGCAAGGACCUCGAGCCGGGGGACUUUGCCCUGAUUCCUGCGUAUACGGAACAUCAGGAGGCCAACCACUCAGACGAACCGGUGGAAUGGGUGAUUGUGCGAACGGGAGGGACACCAACUACGGUCAAUCUGGAGGGCUGGGGCGCAAAAUAGGAUGCCAGUGUCAAUUCUUUAGUCCGUG